AUGGAAAGCGAUGGAUUCGUACCGAUAACAGCUAUCUUCUAUGCGGUAUUUCAUCCCACAGAGGGGACUAAAGUGUUGAAUCAAGUUCCUGAGGGUUCAAUUGGGAACUCUAGUACGAGCGAUUCAAGUGGUACUCUUUUCAAUUUCGACACGAUCAAGAAUUACAUUAUACCGAAGCCUAAGUUGUGUAAUAAGUUGAUUUCUAUAAAGAUAGAUCGAUUCAAGGUUUUGGGGUAUCCGGUGAAUAUUGAAAACGAGAAGUAUUCCAGAAACUCGUUUAAUUUUAACUUUUGCUUUGUGUUCCCGUACAACAGCGAUACGACCCCGUACGAGUCUGCCAUUAAGCGGAUGGGAAAGAUGUUUCAGGUAUUGGAAGAGCAAAGUUUUAUAUUGUCAAAAUUGGACAAAAUUGGGUCAUUUUUUAAGAACAAGGAUGAGUAUCCAAUCGAGAAUGUGCUAAUGAUCAACGAGUUUAUUACUCCGGGAUUUAGAAGGACGCAGAAGGUUAACUUGUCGUCAAUCGAAUCAUUAAUACAUCAGAUUUAUCAGGACUUGAAUAAUUAUUCGGAAUGUUGUAUACCCCUAGAUAGCGCUAACUCAGUGGAUAUUAAAUUGUUUCCUAUAUUACCACCACCCGUUAACACAAAGGCAUACCAAGUGCCAAUUCUAACCGUCAAGCUAAGUCUGUUGGUUGAUAUAAACUGGGAUCCGACAAUGCUUAAAAUAUUACCGUAUAUUGAUGGGCUCAAUUCUAUCAAAAGGAUAAGUCAGCUUGCGGAUGCAGAUUAUCUUCUUACCAAACAAUGUAUUCAACAUUUGAUGCACUAUAAAUGCAUAUACAUGAUUGAUAUAUUUCAAUUCAGUAAUAUUUACGCUCCCACGAACCAUAUAGGAAACUUCUUGACGUUGAAUAAUAUGGCUGAAGAAUGUCAAGCAUAUAUAAUAACCAACGAAACUAAUACAUUGAAUGAAUUGCCACUAAAUGACGAUCUGGACAUACAAUCAUCCACAUUUCCCAAUUCAGCAUCGCCCGCAAGCAAGCACUCGUCGAUAUUUAAAGCAUCAAAGAAGAAAUUCAGCGAGAAGACCACUGUUGUUCCUUCAAAAGCGACACUAUUCUAUCUAUAUAGGUCAUUGAAUCAAGGGCAGACAGUAAAGGAGUGGUAUAUGCAACAUCGCAAAUACCUCAACAAUAUAGAUGUACGAAGAUUUAUUAAUUUUGGGAUAAUUCGAGGCAUCAUCUAUCGAGUUCAUUCGUAUCCUGUUUUAAACUCGCUAACAAAAUCGUUCGAGAACAAAAAUGACAAUGAGCUAGACAAAAUAAUAGACCUUUUCAAAGCGAAAUCAGACUCGAGGGUCUACCCCAUGGACGACACACCAGCAAAUAAAUCGCUAUUGAAGAGCAUAGUGCAUGAGACCAAUUUGAAAACUGGAAAUAUCAAGUCUAAUAGAAGUGUUAGUUUUAAUUACGAAGUAAACAAAUCAACAUAUAUACUAGACGACGGAAACGACAGUGAUAAUGAGCCACAGUCGUCCGAUUCUGAUUCAGUAAAUUCAGACGUAUCAAACGAAGAAGACGUACAAGACAACGUUGACGAGUUAGACAAGGCGGAAGGAGAUGAUAUAAUUGUGCUCAUUAAAUUAUUAAAGGGCUUUCAGAAUUUUGAUUCGAUCAACACCGAAAUGCAAAAGUCAAGGUUCGAAAUCGAAACACUACUAAGGAAGUUGGGACCACAUAAUAACAUCCAUAGUUGA